GGGCAUUUUCGAAACCGGUUGAAAACUUGCACAUCAUGGCCUGGGUGCCCAAGACGCGGUUCGAGCUCGACCUGGUGAGCAUGGAGCCGGGAUUCAAUGGAGGAUUGGGAGGACACUAGUACGGCGGAGAUGGAGGCGGUGGCCAUGAUGCGGAGCUUUGGCAUGAAGUCUAUGAGUCAGGACCUACUACCCGUUCUUCCACAGAUAAGUGUGCAAGGUCAAAAUCGGCUAUUACCACUAAACAAGGACCCCGAAUUCUGUUCGCCAUGUAAAAUGCGUAGGCCGAAGGAUCCUCCGCCAGCGGACAACUCCAAAGACUCAGCGGAUGAUUCUCUUCACACAGCCGAAAGUAUGAGCAACUGCAUCUUGGUCUACGGAUCUGGAAACUCUUCUAAAGGCGAAACACAAGAAAAAAAUAACAAGGAGCUCAAGGAGGGAAAGGCGGUCCCCUCGUUCAGUUAUAUCAAGGCGAUUCCUGUUCAUAUGGAUAAGGGAAAGGGGAGAAGGAAGAGCCAGCGAUCCUCCCAAAAAUGACGUCGUCAGCAAUACGAGGCCAACCAUAAAAAGGUUUUUUCCAGUUCUGAUAAUUGAGUUCAUAUUGCUCUCUUCAAAUCCUUACUGAAAGACAUUAAUUCUUGCCUACAUCGUUUUUAAUAUAUUUUUAAAUAAAAAGCCACUU